GGUUGCGAAAACUCUCCCCACUUUCACAAAUAUUGUACCUAACUGGCACCCGCUUCAUGCAGCCCAUUUUGCCCCGUGCAAUAUGUGCUCCAAGAACAAUCAGAUGAGGACCAUGUUGCUGCAGAGAGUGCCUGCGGUGUUUGCACUACACUUUGUGGAGGGGCUUCCUGACAACGAUGUCAGCAUCUACGCCUUCAGCUUCAAGGGGAAACGCUACUCAGUCACCACUGUCAUACAGUACAUCCACCACAUUAAGCACUUUGUCACAUGGCUUCACAAUAAUGAUGGGUCAUGGCUGGAAUAUGAUGACUUAAAAUACCCAAACUGCCUGACCCAUGAGAGGCUCCAGGUCCCGGCUCAUGAGAUGCAUGUUGUCUUCUGGGAGGUGGAAGACGAUGCAGAGCCCUCUGUUUGUUCCCCCUCCACCACAUUUGUUGAAUCUCUCUCACCUGAAAUAAAUGAUAUCCCUUUGUUAAAUGACAAAGCAGAUGAACCAUCGGCUCUGACUCCAGAUCAGACUCUUCUGAUUCCUCACAAUGAUACCGACAUUAUCUGUGCGCUCUCAGGUGAAGACAACAGCAACAUUAUAGACACUACAAUUUCAGCCGGUGAUGAUGCAUCAAUAGGCGCCACGACGUUGCUCGACACCUUUGAAGGCCUUACUCACAAUGACAUCGUCACACUCACCCUGGUGGAGAUCAAAGCUGAUUCAGAAAAACAGCUUUUAAAUGACACCCAACAAGCUCAGGACGUUCCUGCACGGACCGAAAAUCUGAAUUCCAAACCUGACAGCUCAUCCCAUGCAGCAGGUAGCGACGUAUGUCACGGUGCUGAUGUUGAUCCGCCCACCAUCCCAAGCUCGUCUGACACGGAGUCAAAGGACAGCUCUUGUGAUCCACUUGUGUCUGCUACCAAAAGAGGACGAGGGAGAGGAGCAGUUAGCAGACAAAUGGGUGAAAAGAUAGCCCCAUCAAUAACAGCUCCACACACUCCCCCAGCUGUAUCUUUAGAGCCUUCCGAAGUUGUCAUUCAUAAACCUGAGAGUCCUGCUGCUCAAGAUAAAACACCACCUGCUGAAGUUAUGCAGCAAGCAUCCCCUGUCUCUUCUACUAACACCUCACCUCUCGCCACCAAUCAGAAAAGUUCCACAGAACUGCCAGCACUUGAUCAGAAUGCUCGCUGGUGUUUUCUGCUGAGCAAACACCCUCUGAAUCACAUUCACAAGUCAAUUGCAAAACUUGCACCAACCCACACACCCUCUUUGGACACACAAGUAAAGCCCUCUCAUCCUAUCCACUCCACUCCCAAUCCUGUGAAAGGACAGCCGAUUCUUGCAGGUCUCCAUAAAGAGAAGCUUAAUACAGAAGAGAGCGAGGAUCUCCCACCAAAAGCUGCAGAAAUGUAUGGUGGAUUUGGUACAAAGGUCGUGUACCCCCCGAGUCCAUGCCCAGCACCCCUCAUUGAGGAAUCAAAACACUUUAAACCCAUCAAUUCUAACGCCACCGUACUCUCCGGUUUGUCCCCUCCUACAUCUGCAGCAAAGCAGCUCGCUAAAAUCGGCUUAUCAAAGAAACAUAGCAGCCAGUCCUCAAAAGUUCCCCUAGGACUCAGUGACACUGAAGCCCUCCGGUACAAGCUAAUAAAGAAACUUAAAGCAAAGAAGAAGAAGCUUGCAAAGCUGAACAGCAUAUUGGGACAUCAAGGGGGACUCCGUCUCCAACCAGACAGCACUGAUCUGAACUCUCCAAGCACUGUUACCUCUAGUACUUAUGAUGGCUCUACAUGCGAUGACUUCCUGUCAGACCUGCUCUCGCCAUCGACGACUGUCAGCAACCUUUCACCAGACAGCACCGGCUUCUUAGAGAUGCUCGCCAGUGGGAAAGAUGGAGCUAAGCAGUUAGACUGUUUGGUCGGCGCUGACGGUGCAUCGUCGCAGACCAGCUGUGGUACAGACGGGCCUGACACCGAAAACUUCUUGGAGGAUUUUCUCUCCCAGUGCUGCGGCUUUGACACCGGCUGACACAGACGGCACAUUUGAGCAUGUCAUUUAAUCUGUGGUGCUCGAUGUAAUUUGCAGGUUUAUUAGCACGGAUGGCCUGAUGGCAAUAUCAUUUAAAAGAUUUUUAAGCCAUGUGCACCUUACCCGUUUGUUCCCUGGGACAGUUGUGUUGAUGUUAAAGGAUUAGUAAAUUAAGUUAAUACUGAGGUAAAAUCA